AUGGGCUCGCUGGAGUUUCAUUUCUCUCGAGUGGGCCUCAUCGAGAAGGGGCAAAGCUGCGGACUUCUCGCGAAGGGGAGCUUCCGGAUUCCCGUCAGAGUGCGGUGCGGUCUACGGGACGCUGGGCCGAGGGGGCAGCUCUGGAGGAGUAGGGUGCUGUCCUCGGAGGCUAUCCAGGCGGUCCAGGCGCUUAAGCUCGCCAAAUCCUCCAGUCCGUCGUCACUGUCGCAGCCGCCGUCGUCUCGUAAAUUGGAAGAUGUCUUCAACAGCAGGAUCAGGCGGUUGCUGAAGGCGGAUUUGCUCUCUGUGCUAACGGAACUGCAAAGGCAGAAUGAAUGGGAGUUAGCCGUACAGGUAUUGUCUUGUUCGCACGAGCCGCCUGUUGCGUUCUUUCGAUGAGCGUCUUCCCCGCUAUCUGUUUGCUAAUUUUCUUGUUCGAGAUGAGCCGCUUUGGCGAUGGUCGCCGAAGCAUUUUAGCUUUCAUGCCUCCGCGGCUCGAAUUAAUUAUUUUCAGUUGGUUUUUCUCUGUUACAAGGAUGGUAAGAUGGAGUAGCUCAUGCUUCUAGUCCUCCAUUUAUUUGAAAGCUUGGAUUACCUUGCUGUUAGUCGACGCUUAAAGGACUGGAGAUACACGAUGCUUGAGGGAACUUCCUAUGAUUUUUAUUUUAUUUUUUAUUUAGAUGUGGUCCAUCGAUAUAUAUAUAUAUAUAAAGCAACGCAUCGUGAAUGGGUAUGAUAUUUAGGAACUUAAAUGUCCAAAAGUCUUCGGUUCUUGAAGAAGAUGGAACCUGCAUUUAUUCCCUUUAUUACUUAUGGAAAUAUCGCUCCUCUCCUGUGCAAUGUAUCGCUUUCCUGGUUCACGUAUUUCCAAAAUCUGUUUCAUCUCAUAAUUUUCUGCUGUUUAUCUAUGCCUCUGAGAUUUUCUUUUACUAUUCUUUAGGUUUUUCGGUUUAUCCGCGAGGAGGUAUGGUAUAAACCAGAUUUACGUCUUUACAGUGACAUGAUCUUCAUGGCGGGCAAGAACAAGCUCAUCGAGAUAGCUGAAGAUCUCUUCUCAGAGAUAAAAGCGCAGGGACUGCAACCAGACACCAGGGCCUAUACCGAGAUGAUAGGAGCAUUCUUGCAUGUUGAUAUGGUGGAGAAGGCAAUGGAGAUGUACAAGCUGAUGAAAGAAUCUGGCGUAACCCCGAGUGAGUUGACAUUUACCAUCAUGAUUAGGAACCUGGAGAAGGCAGAGAAAGAGGAGCUCGCAUCUAUUGUUAGAAAAGACUGUGCAGAAUUUUUGGAUUACCCCGAGAGGUUUCUGAAGGAGGUCGAGAAGAAAUACGUAAGUAAAUAUUCUUCUAUUUCUUUCUUGUCUUUCAUUUCUAGCACCAUUCACUGCUGA